AUGUUUUUCAAUGUGUUAUUCGUGUUUCUCACUGGAGCGUACCUCGUCAGUUCUUCGAAUAUAUUGGUUUGGAGUCCAUCGUAUGGUCGAAGUCAUGUUGUGAUUUUUGGUAAAAUCGCCGAUAUACUCACCGCUGAUGGGCACAACGUGACGAUUCUGUCGUUUAUGCUCGAUCCCACGAUAACAACAUUUGGAAAUAAACUUCCUGCUCAUACGUUCCAUGUAAAACCCGAUAAGGAAGGAGCAGAGCAUUAUCUCCAAUUGGUUAUGACAGGACCAGCGCUGUGGACUUCGCCAACCUGUACUGGGCUCUGUGUUCAAUGGAGCGACUACUCGUUUCUGGUAGAGCAGACCUUCAAACUUUGCAAAGACUUGGCAUACAAUGAUGACAUGAUACAUCGAUUACGCGAAUCCAAGUUCGAUUUGGUCUUCACCGAAGGGCUUGACACUUGUGGGCCACAGCUUUUCAAGGUACUGGGCAUCAAAAAUGCCAUUAUUGUUUCAACUCUUGGAAUGAUGCCACGACUCUAUGAUAUUGCAGGAUUAUUGCCAAUGCCAAGUUUUAUGCCAAGUAAUUGUUUUGGAUUUAAUUUUAUAUGA